GCGAAGAAGGGACUAGCCAUAUUUGUGAGGACGCACGCGAUGGACAAGUACCGCAAGGCCAAGCCAACGACCAAGCCCUCGGAGCCCAACCAAGUGCGUGUCGGUGAGUUCGCUCAUGCAUUCCAUGACAAGAAGAAGCACGUCGCCAAGGUGAAGAAGCUGCUGCGCAACGGCGCCGUCGUCGUGACUGCCCACGACACGGCCAUCGUCAAUGCCGUGACGGUGGCCGAGUUGGUCAAAUCGACGCUGGCUUGUGUGCACUCGGUGGUUCACAUCUCGACCGUCAACAUUGAAGAGAUCUAUGAGCCUCUCGAGGAAGGUCUGGACGUGGUCACGGUGCCUAAGCGCGUUUCGGCGAUUUCAAUCCACCUCAGCACGGAUGCAACCACGAUCAACACGGCGGACGCCAGCUACACGCAGCCCUUGUCGCCGCGCCAGGUGGCUCGCAAGCCCCAACAGGAUGGCACACCGCCAUUGUCGGAUGGCGCCUCCAAGCACCGCACACCCCGCCCGGUACGACAGGCCGUCGCCACAACGGAAGAGGCAUCGCCGUUGCCAGAGACCGUCGAAGAAAAGUCACCGGCACCCAAGAAGCGACGCGACAAGAAGCCUCGGGCGGUGGUAGAUCCAGUACCCAUCGAAAACAGCACCGUUGAAGCCGGUGCUGCUCUCGAUGUCGAUGUCGCCUUGAAGAAGGGCAGUCAGUCCCGCAAGCCCCGAAAGCACUCAAACGAGCGGAACGCGGCUGGUGAACAUUCAGGCAACACGGCGAAUGGCGCACCUAUCGAUCGGCCGGCACGUCGUGGUUCGCGCCGUGGGUCGACCGAGACCGCGCAAGUGGUUGUCCCGAGCAACGACGCCACGGUGGUGCAAGUCGACGCCGCGCCGACCAAGAGCGAACGGGCGCCGCGGCGAAACAACCGUGGUCCCCGACCCGACACGGCGCCGACCAACGGUGAAGCCAAGCAAGGCGGCGAGCCGGACGGUCGACCGGCGACGGGCCGUGGCCGUCGUCAUCGCGGCAAGUCGGAAGCCAGCAAUAGCAAGCAGGAACAGGAACAAUAAAACCUCUCGUUGUGGCGUAUCUUGGU